AAUUCCCCACCUUACCUCCCCUGCACCCAUCCUCUAACUCCCUGCCAACCUACCUCCCCUUCGAACCUGCUCCAGCCCACCUCCCCUGCACCCUACCUCCCAUCCUCUAACUCCCCAUCAACCUACCUCCUCUCCAACCUGCUCCAACCCUCUCCAUCCUGCCUUUCCUCUAAUUCUCUGCCAGCCCUCACUACCCUCCACCCUUCUCCAACCCACUCCACCCUACUUCUCCUUCCAUCACACAAGCAGGGAGAAUAAAUGAUCCUCCAUAGAGGUCCAACCAUGUGGUACUGGGAGCCACCUCUAGUAGCAUCACAGUGCACGUGGUACCGGGAGCCACCUCUAGUAGCAUCACAGUGCAUGUGGUACCGGGAGCCACCUCUAGUAGCGUCACAGUGCAUGUGGUACCGGGAGCCACCUCUAGUAGAAUCACAGUGCAUGUGGUACCGGGAGCCACCUCUAGUAGCGUCACAGUGCAUGUGGUACCGGGAGCCACCUCUAGUAGCGUCACAGUGCAUGUGGUACCGGGAGCCACCUCUAGUAGCGUCACAGUGCAUGUGGUACCGGGAGCCACCUCUAGUAGCGUCACAGUGCAUGUGGUACCGGGAGCCACCUCUAGUAGCGUCACAGUGCAUGUGGUACCGGGAGCCACCUCUAGUAGCAUCACAGUGCAUGUGGUACCGGGAGCCACCUCUAGUAGCGUCACAGUGCAUGUGGUACCGGGAGCCACCUCUAGUAGCGUCACAGUGCAUGUGGUACCGGGAGCCACCUCUAGUAGCAUCACAGUGCAUGUGGUACCGGGAGCCACCUCUAGUAGCGUCACAGUGCAUGUGGUACCGGGAGCCACCUCUAGUAGCGUCACAGUGCAUGUGGUACCGGGAGCCACCUCUAGUAGCGUCACAGUGCAUGUGGUACCGGGAGCCACCUCUAGUAGCGUAGCAUUGCAUGUGGUACCGGGAGCCACCUCUAGUAGCGUCACAGUGCAUGUGGUACCGGGAGCCACCUCUAGUAGAAUCACAGUGCAUGUGGUACCGGGAGCCACCUCUAGUAGCGUCACAGUGCAUGUGGUACCGGGAGCCACCUCUAGUAGCGUCACAGUGCAUGUGGUACCGGGAGCCACCUCUAGUAGCGUAGCAUUGCAUGUGGUACCGGGAGCCACCUCUAGUAGCGUCACAUUGCAUGUGGUAGAGCGUGUGAUCUUGGAUCAUCACUGAUUGGUGCAGAUUUCUGUAGCACUGUGCAUGGACUACCUACACCCUCCAACAGGGGCGCCAUUGGAAACCAUGGGGCCAUCUCUGUCUGGGCCCGUUCUCACUCCUCCCCCCUGCCUGCAGUCUACAGCUCUCCCUCCAUACAGACAGUGCGCCCCAGAGAGCGCCGUCACUAUGGUCCAGGUGUGUAGCCGGCGCCCCCAUCUGGAGGAGGGAGACUGCAGCAGCUCUGAUGAUUGAACUGUGAAACGUCCAAUAGGAUGCCUUACAGCAUAGAGCUUCCUGUGUGCGCUUCCCUCUGCCAGCAUCUGAUUGGACGCUGGGACAGAGGCUGCAGCUGAGGCCUGACCCCCUAUGGGCAGUCCGGCCCGCCAACUGUAAAUAUGUCCCAGGAAGUGGGUGUGUAAAACCGUCGCGUUAUUUAAGGUUUCUCUUGGAUGGCGGUCGCGGCGCCCCCGCCGGCGAGGAGGUUUGCAGUGCAUUGUGGAAUAUUUAAUAACCGUUUGGAAUUUUUAUAGCUUACGAAUGACGAGUGAAUUUGGAUUUUAAAAAUGUUUGGUUUUAAUUGACAGAUUUUAUUUUCUAUAUCCUGACAGAAUAAUCUAUAAUAUAUAUAUUUAGAAUUCAUCUAUUUUUAACUAACUCUGAACUGCCGAGAAUUUCACCAGGAUGACGGUUUUUGCCAAAUUAGAUUGUCUUUAUUUUUGAAUUUGUAUAAAAAAAUAAAAUGAAUUGUUGAAUUAAAGAAAAAACAAAA